CGUGUCCACUGUCGAAGGGUUCAGACCUGUGAACAAAACAGAUUUUGAUAACCAGAAGGUGUAUCUGGUUCACAGAACUGAGGAGAAUGGCUGCACAGGCCAGCCGUGCGAAGCUCAGAUCCUCGCCCUUGCAGGUAAGUUGCCCUUCGGACACCGCGAGUUAACCAUCCUUUAACGCGCGUUUCUCGCGUUAGAAAUCGUAACAUUUGUUUUUACGUCUGCGCAUUAACAGGGCGCUAGAAGAAGACGUUUUCUAUCCGAUGUGUCAGAACGUGAUCAGCUGGAAUCUGACAGCAAAAAAAAAAAAAAAAAGAAAACGUCCUCCGCUCCGGCUAAUGCUAGCUUGACAUGCUAACCGAACUUUUCGAGGCUCUCGCGCCUCGUCGGCGCUUAAUCCCGGUUUGACAACCACAACGGCGGGUUCCGUGGGCUGCGUGACCCGCUUCGGCAGAACCGCGCGGGUUGUUUAGUUCGUGAGUCUGUCGUUGUUUACAACGCGAAGCUAAAGCUCGCUUAGCCGGAUGUGUUUGUUAGCAUGCUAACCGGAAUGCGGUUGACGCUGACAAAAGGCUGUCAGCGCAUCACCGUCGCACCUGACAGCCAGCGGCUUUUCCUGCGUUUUUAUCUUAUUUACUGUACACAGUGGAAGAAUUUGAAGAAAGUUUAACGCAAAAAAAGAUGAAAAUUCCCAAGAUGUCCAUCAGAAAUUCAGGAAACUCAGAAAACAGUUUUGGGGAAGACAGAAUGCCGCUCAGGCAUAAAAAGGCUUCAUCUCAUGACCAGGGACGCUCCCUCUCCAACUCCUCAAAGAGCCUCGCAGCAGUAGUGGCUCGCCUGGAGAGGAACGCGGCAAACUCUUGUAUGGAAGGUGAAGAAGACCUGGACGAGGACAGGUUGGUGGAGGAGGGAGAUGAUGCAGACGAUGAAGAUGAAGAUAUAGAAUUCAAGCAUAGGCAACAUCAUCACUUGCAGCAGCAGCAGCAGCAUUUGGAGACGGGCAUGGAUUGUAUGUCGGAGGUAGCCGCGGCCAUGGUUCCCAGGGUCUUGUACGAGGAGCUGGUUCACAGUUACAGGCAACAGGAGGAGGAGAUGAGGAGGCUGCAGCAGGAGCUGGAGAGAACGCGCAGGCAGUUGGUUCAGCAGGCCAAGAAACUGAAAGAAUAUGGGAGCUUGCUGACAGAAGUCAAAGAGUUGAGGGACUUCAACAGAAGACUGCAGGACGUUCUUCUCAUGAGACUGGGCAGCGAGCCGAUGCAUGACAAUGGAACUCAGACAAUCAAGGCUGAAGUGGUGGAACCAAUUGUUGAAGCUCAAGAGACGUGCAGAGAAGAAGCCAACACCAGUUCCAGCUACUCCCCCUCACCCAGAACGGUCUACACCUGCAACGAUGGGAAGGUUCAUCUUGGUGGAGGGAUUUGGGUAGAAGAAGAGAAGUGGCACCAACUCCAGCGGACCCAAGGAGACUCAAAGUUCACAAAAAACCUGGCUGUGAUGAUCUGGGGCACCGAGACACUCAAAAACCGAAGCGUCACAGGAGUCGCCACCAAAAAGAAGAAAGACGCUUUGCCCAAACCGCCACUGUCGCCCAGCAAGCUGAAAAUCGUCAGAGAAUGUCUCUACGACCGAGUGUCUCAAGAGACGGCCGACAGCGCCGAAAUCACGCAGAGAUUGUCCAAAGUAAACAAGUACAUUUGUGAAAAGAUCAUGGACAUCAACAAGUCCAUCAAGAACGAGGAGCGGCGGGAAUCCAAGCUGCUCAUCAGACAGACGGUCAAGAUGGAGAACUUCACCUACGAUGGGAUUUAGCGAUCACACCAGCGCCUUCUGCCUCCGCGUGGUCCACAGGAAAUCAAACGGGGCUCGGUACGAGUGAUCGGGGAACUGUUUCAGGA